AUGAAUAGUUUAGAAAAAGAAGAAAUUAAUUGUUUAUUUAAGAAUGAAAUAAAUAAUGGUAUAAAAGAUGACAAUAGUAAAAUAGUAUUAUUAAAUGGUGAACAAGCAUUACAAUCAUCCAUAAAUGCAUCUUUAUCAAUAUUUUCAAUAUUAAAAACAUCGCUAGGACCGCGUAGUAUGAGCAAGUUAAUAUUAAAGCCUAAUGGUCAAUAUAUUAUUAGUAAUGAUGGUGCAACCAUUUUAAAUAAUAUUAAAGUUCAACAUCCUGCAGCAUCAGUAUUGGUCAAUAUUGCAUUAUCGCAAGAUAGAGAGGUUGGGGAUGGUACUACAUCAGUUGUGUUGUUAGCCGGUGAAAUUUUGAAAUCUAUAACCGAGUUAUACAUUAGGUCCAAAGAAGAAAAGAACCCUAUUCACCAAACUACAAUUACAACCAUUUUGUAUCAGAUUUUAAAUGAAGUUUUAAAAAUAUUAGAUUCAGUAUCAAUAGAAUAUCCAUCAUCUUCAACUAAAGAGAUAUUAUUUAAAAUGGCAGGUGUUGCAUUAGGAACAAAACAUUAUUCAUAUUGGACCAAGAAUUUAACAAAUAUUACAAUUGAUGCAAUUCAAAAUUCAAUAGAUACAACAUUAGAUAAUAGUAAUAAUAAUAGCAAUUGUAGUAAUAAUAAUAAUAAUAGUAAUAAUAUUGAUAUAAAAAAUAAUAUUCAAAUUUGUAAAUUACAGGGUGGUAAUAUUAAUCAAAGUAGUUUUUACAAAGGAUUGGUAAUGACUAGUAAAGUAACUCCAGUAUUUAGAAAUUUAGAUAUUAGUAAUAAUAACAUAUCAAUAAAAACAAUAGUAAUAGGAUAUGACAUAAAUAAACAUUUAAAAAAUAUACAGUCAAAAUAUACAACUAUUAAAUCCACAGCGGAGAUGGAGGAUUAUUAUAAAAUUGAUAGUAAUUUUAUAGUAUCUUUCAUUGAUAGGUUAGUUAAAAAUCAAGUAAACUUAGUAUUCUUUAAAUUUAAAAUACCAGAUUAUCUAUCACAGUUGUUAUAUUCGAAUCAUAUCUCUGUAGUUCAAGAUUUUUAUAAUAAUAGUGGUAUAAGCUAUAAUAAUGAUUCGUUUGUUUACAAAUUAUCAAAACUUACAAAUUCAAUACCAAUUAUGAAGUAUGAUGAAUUGGAUUUCCAUUUAUUACAACAACAGCAGCAACAAAAUCAAAGCCAAAAAGAUAAAGAAAAAGACGAUGAUGUUGGUGGUGCUUCAGAUUAUGGAUGUAUAGGUACUAUUACAAAGUUAUCAAUAUUGUCAAAGUUUGAAGAUGAAUUUUAUAUCUAUUUAGAUAAUAAUAAUUUUAAACAUAAGUUAUCUUGUAUUAUAAUUAAAGGACCAACAAAAGAUAUUUUGGACGAUUUAGAAAUUGGUAUAGUGGAUUCACUUCAUUUAGUUAAAUCCUCAUUAGAGUCAAAGCCUAUGAUAGUAUAUGGUGGAGGAGCAUGCGAAAUGUCAAUAUCAAGUAAACUACUAGCAUAUUCAAAUUCAAUUAACCCAAAUGAAUCAACUUUGCAUUAUUGGAAAAAAGAGAUAUCAAAAACAAUAUCAGAAUCAUUUCAAAUUAUACCAUCCAUACUGGUAAUGAAUUCAUAUAAUACUUCAAAUACCAAGCAACCUUUAGAAAUUAUUGCACAGUUAUUAUCAUCACAUCACAGCUUUUAUAAUGGUAAUGAUGGUGUUUGCAGUUUGGGUAUAGAUGGAUGGACAGGUGAAAUCAAAGACAUGAGGGAGAUGAAUAUCAUCGAACCUUUAAUAUUAAAAAAAUCAAUUAUUAUCACAUCUAUUGAAGCUUGCAUCACAUUAUUAAGAAUUGAUACUAUCGUUACAUCUUCAACAAAUCUUGUAUAA